AUGUCGUUUGACGGCGAGGAAAAGACUGAGUACGACCCGCUGCGUGACGGCCCCCUGCGCUACCUGGGGUAUGCAAAUGAGCUUGGGGAGGCCUUUGCCGCCUGGCUCUUCCCCGGCGGCGUGCCGCUCAGCUAUGCCGUGGCCAUCAGCUACGUCCUGUUUGACACCUACGACAAGUGGCAGAAGACGGAGGCAGACGCGCGGCUCAAGCUCACCACGCGCGCCCUGCCCGACGCCGUGGACCGCGGGCUGGACACGCUGGUGUGGCAGCUCAUCGCCUCGGUGGCGGCGCCAGGCUACACCAUACACACCGUGGUGGCCGCCGCCAACUGGCUGCUGCAGCUCGUCGAGGACCCCGACAUCUUCCUUUCCACCUUCAACAAGAGCGUGCCCACCGCGCUGGGCCUGCUGGCCAUCCCCUUCAUCGUGCACCCCAUCGACGGCGCUGUGCACGCUGUGCUCAACGCCACGCUGCGCCCCGCCAUGCGCCGCUAUAUCUGCCGCGAGGCGGGCGGGGCGCAGGCCGGCCUGGCCAUCUGCGAGCGCUGCCAGGACUAG